UACACGCAACGCGUCGCAUCUAAAAUAUCGAAAUAUUCGUCAUGACUUAAAACUGUGUCUUAAUUGUAAUUUGUGUUCGAUAUAUGUGUGUGAGAGAGAUUAAAAUACAAGGAAAUUCAAGGAAAUAAAUAACAGGUUAUACGAUAUGAAAUGAAACGCUGGCUAAGUCUAUUUUUUCUUGGAAGAUGAAAAUGCGAUUCUAUUACUACCAUGAUGAUAUAACCGAGAACUGAGAAUACACCGUUGUUUCGCGAUGCUCCAUUACAUCAGACGUAAAUAAAAUCAACAUUCGUCAUUCGAAUGAGAAAUUCAUGCGAAUUUUACACCUGAAUAUACUACCGAAUUGAAAGAAAGGAGUACGAGGAUGUCAAAUGUGAUACCGAAAUCACAAGAGAUUUAUUUUAGUGCAAUUUUUACUUUGAAUCGAAUGUAGUUGAUGGUAGUGCAGUGUUUUGAUGUGCAUAGAAAUGGCGGUUGCUGUGUUUAUCACGCAUCUCAUAUUCUUAUUGACAUUAGGAUUAUGUUCAGGUAAACGAGAAAUUACCUUACAGGAUCAAGAUAUUUCUUUCGAUAAGGAGGAAUCAGACCCACUUGAAUCUUUAGACCAUAAUCUCAAUGUCAAUACAAUUAGCCAGAGACUUUUUAAAUGCUACAUAUGUGAAGAUACUGAAUGUUCACCAUCUAAUAUUUGCACCAAUGCUAUCACUUGCUGGAAGUCUAGAAUGAGAGAAGUUGAUGGUACAGAGUACGUUAGCCGUGGUUGCUAUAAGUCAGAAGAGCAUAAAUUAUUGAUGUGUAAUAAAGAAAGUAGUCAAAGUGCAAAUCAACACAAAGAAAAAAAUGUUAGAGGGCUAUCAAGUGGUGUUCAAUUUUCUGUGGAAUGUUGUCAAGCAGACUUUUGUAACAUUGGACCAUAUCCCAUGUUGAAAAAUUAUUCAUCCAAUGCCAGCAAGGAAUAUUAUGUAACAAAAUUGACACUCUCGAUUCUCGGACCACUGAUUGGGCUGGUCAUCAUCACAGGGAUUUUAUUUUGUUUUUUGAUGCAUCGAACGCGAAAAGAAUCGACAGCCUCACGUCAGAAUAAACUUAUUCUCGAUUCCGAGGUCGAGCCUUCCAUGUUACAUUUCUCCUUUUCCUCGCCCACGUCGUCCGCCACUUAUCAUUCACAUGAGCUUAGAGCAACGGCCGCUGGUGAUAGUACACUUAAAGAAUACUUGGAUGGCCGAAGUUUGACCAGUGGCUCUGGUUCUGGAUUACCUUUGUUAGUACAAAGAACUUUAGCUAAGCAAAUAAGCUUAGUAGAGUGUCUGGGUAAUGGUGGCAGCGGAGGAUUCGGUGGAGAAGUGUGGAAAGGAAUUUGGCACGGCGAGAAUGUCGCUGUAAAAAUUUAUUUUUCGCGAGACGAAGCUGCGUGGGCUCGAGAAACCGAGGUUUACUCUCAAUUGUUACCAUCCAGACACGACAAUAUCCUAGGAUAUAUCGGUAGCGAUAUGACCAGUAGAGCCAGUUGCACUCAACUGUGGUUGGUGAUGCAAUAUCAUCCCCUCGGUUCGCUCUUCGAUCAUCUUAAUCGUUCACCACAUCCAUUAACACCUCAUCAAAUGCUCAAUAUUUGUCUGAGUAUCACAAAUGGCUUACUCUAUUUGCAUACGGAAAUUCACGGCACUAAAGGAAAACCAGCCAUGGCUCACCGUAAUCUCAAGUCAAAGAAUAUCUUGGUGAAAACUAACGGUGGUUGUGUAAUCGCCGAUUUUGCGUUAGCAACCACGCAAGAUCGUCUUUCGACAGAUAUAAUCGACUUACGACAAGGAGCGAAACGCUAUAUGAGUCCCGAAUUUCUUGAACAAACGGUCAACAUUGAAUGUCUAGAGAGUUUUAGACGCGCUGAUAUUUAUUGUUUAGGACUGAUACUGUGGGAAGUUUGUCGCAGGUGUAUAAGUAACGGUGUAGCCUUAGAAUACGCGAUGCCGUACAGCGAAUGGUUGCCAAGUAGCAAUCAAGAGCCCUCUAUAGAAGAAAUGCGUAAAUUAGUCUUAUUGGACCAGCGAAGGCCGCCGCUGCCUAAUAGAUGGCAUUCUGACCCGACAUUGGCUGGCAUGGGAAAGCUAAUGCGGGAAUGUUGGCAUGGAAAACCCGCUGCUAGACUGCCCAUUCUUAGGGUAAAAAAGACACUCGUUAAAUUAGCAGCUAACGAUUCGCGCGUUCAUUUACCUCUCGACUGACCAGCGUUCAUCCUACCGAGCGCUUUUUCAUCUAUCUAUUUAUUGCCGCAGUUAUCGCAUCAACCCGUCACGUACGUUAUAAGUUGGAUCAUCCUCAACAUUCGCGCGUUAACAAAUCAUUAUAUCACGAGAAAAAAGAAAUAUCGUAUAUCGACAUAUCGAAGUAAUCGAGUGAUAAUAAGUUUGUUAACGAUCGGUACAUGGAUUUUGUCGCCUUACGUUCCAAUAUCGUUAUUCUGGAACAAUAAUAGAGUUAAGCAUGUAGUUGGAUAAUAUCGAUCGAACAAAAUCAAGCUGGAACGGUAUUAAUUCAGCAGAUGAAAAAUAUAAUAUCUCGAUAAUUUAAAAUUAUCGAUUAAAAAAAGAUUAUUAUAGGAAGCAUAUAAUCUUUUUUGUUACUUAAUAAAUAAAAAGGGAAAAAAGAAGCUAAAAUAUAGCGAUGCAACUUAUCGAAUCAAGAUUAAUUUUAGCGAUCAAUAUUUUACGAAAAAAGAUUUAAGAAAAAAGAUUUAAGAAAAAAGAUUAUCACAUUAUUACGUCAAUGGAUGUAUUUUUUAAAGUAAUUCCGAUUUGAUUUAGUUAAAUCAGUAUAUCGAUAUAUAGCAAAAAAAAAAA